AUGGAAGCGUUAAAGAAAAAGAGACCAAAAUCUUCAAAGUCUGCAAUGUUAAACGAAAGACCAAAGUCAAAAACAGGCAUAUCUCCGUAUGAUCAAAAUUACCGCCCUCAAAUUUCCCACUGUCAAAAGCAUUUGAUCGCUAUGCACUUGACUGUAACGAAACUCAACAGAUCUGAGCUAGAAGACAAAUAUCUUCAACUAUGUGAUGAAAAUUACAAAAUCAAGCAUGACAAUAAAGAUUUGAAUGAAAAACUAAAACUGUUAUCGACGAAGAUCAUGCGUGUUUCAUCUGCAAGCCUCACGAUAAGAAGAUUUAAGUCCGUUGAUAUGUUGUCACAAGGAAGCAGUAAUCGAGAAAAUCAUGAAGAUUGUGAAGACGGAAAUGAUAUUCAGAAACCAAAUUCAAAAAAAGAAAAACGUCAAGUACUGAAGGUUAAAAAUGAACUGGAUCGAGAUCAAUUUUUAGACGGUGUUUUGAAUGUAAUUCAAGGCGGAAGUCAAGACAUUCAAGGGGGUAAACGAGUAAAAGCAGUAAAACAAUCGUAUAUUGAUCGAAUUAGUGAGUUACAACAAGAGUUAGAGACAAAGAAAGAGGAAUGCGAUGAAAUAAGGAAUAAAAAUUUCGAUUUAGAAGUAAAAUUGAAGGAAAUGGAUGCUAAAAUGUUCGAAGAAACGAAAAAACUCGUAGUUGCUAAUAUGGAAAUCAAGAGUAUCAAACGAAAAGCUGAAAAAUAUGAGUUGCAAGUAAAACACUUGAAGCAAGAACGACGCGAAUUAGAGAGAAAACUUGAAACAACAAUUGAGAAUGAGAAAAAACGUUAUGAUGACUUACGUUCGACUCUAGAUAAUGAGAAGAACAAAAUUGAUCGUCUUGUCGAACAAAAUGAAGAACUCGAAGCGAAUCGUAAACAGAUUCUCAUGUUAAAGGAACAAAUAAUUCAACUGGAAAGUGAAAAAAGCUCGUUACGUGUUCAACAAGAAAAUUUUACGAAACUUGUAGAGGAAUCAGCAUCCUACAAAGCGAUUUUAGAAGAUUUAACUUCACAAAAUGAUAGACUACGCCAUGACAUUGCACAUGAAAAAUCAGAACAACAAGUUAUUUUUCAUUCACAAGAACUCCUUUUGGGAAAACUUCAAAAAUUACAAGAUGAAAAUGAUGCCGCAACCGUAGAAAACGAAGGUCUGAAAAGCAAAUUGGAAUAUUACAUAAACGAAAAUAUAUCAUUAGAGCUGCGAUUGAGGGAUGUAGAACAAAGCAAAAUCGAACUGUUACAACAGAUAAAAAAAAGUCAAACUGCAAAGGUUGAAAAUAGAUGUGCUUCCGGAAAAGGCUCGAAAGAAAAUAUGAAAGAAAAAAUCUUAACUAAGCUGAGUACCGUAACAUUCGAACCAUGGGAUUCUGAAGUGAAAAUUCGUAGUCGAACAAACUCUUUAAGUUCUAAAACAAGCAAUGGCAGUAAAUCGCAACCAAAAACGUUAUCAAAGAGUGAAUCUAUUACUUCAAUUACGAAUUUUGAGAAAGUGCCUGUAGUUACAUUGCAAGUUCCAACACCAUCCAAAAAUUAUCAGAGCAAAAAACCUCCGAUCAAGACAAACGAAAUAAUGGUUGGAGAAAAUAAAAUUCAAGACAAAUCAGAUUUAAUUGCUCGCCAUUGUCGUGAUGCAGAAUUUUUUCGUGAUUUGAGUCUUAUACAACAGGCCAUUGUAAACAGUAGUAGCCAAAAUAGUCCAAUUAAAAGUAAACAGGGUUUAAGAAUUGACUUUACCUUAGAUGAUGUAACCAUGACGGAAGAUUUUACUGAUAUGACUCCGACAAAAGAUUCAGUUCGUUCGAAUCCGGGAGAACAGCAUGAUAUGAGCAUGCAGGCAGAUAUUGCAGCAAAUUUGUUGAUAAAAGACAUUAAAAAAUCAGUUGGAAUAGAGAAAAAUGAUGGUAAAAAUAUUUAA